AAGUGAAAACUUAUUUACGUUGAGACAUUCUUAUGUAGAAGUUCUACUGUAUUGCACUCCAAUGUGAAGAGUCAGCUAACUGCUAUGGUUUUAGUAUUGGACUAAGAAUUAGAGUUUGAGCCAUGGUUCAGCCAUGGAAAUCUACUUGAUGACCUUGAGAAAAUUACACUCUCUUAGAAGGCAAUGGCAAACCUCAUCUUAUCAAAUCUUGGUAGGAAACCCUUAGGAUAGAGUUGCUAUUGACUUGAAAUAUAACCACAGUGGCUACAUGUAACUUGUGCCACUGAACAACUUGUGCUUGGCUGAAAAUGGUAGAAAUUGAUAAUAAAGGAAAUAAGAAGAAAGCAGAAGAAAACAGAAAAAAAAACUUUUGCCAAUUUUAGGAACUAUUGUCCUUUGUGGCCGACAAGAAAUGGCUUAAAAAGGGAGCAAUGAUUCAGGACUGAUUACCUGUGAAAAACCUAUGCAAAUAGUGAUAAUUUCAGGGUCUUGUUGAGAUCUUGUGCCAGAUCAGGAGAAACUGGCCUGAAAAGACAUCUUGGAGUGGGGGAGGGUGGAGUUUCAACCCAUCCCAAAACAUUUUGUGGCUACAAGCCUGUUAGCUUCUACUCUUCUUGGACACCUACAAACACUUACAGACCACUUCAUAGUUGUCUCUUUGACUAAGCAGCUGCGGAUCUGUUCCUGCAUUUGCUGAGCCCUCCCUACUCUACCAGUUUGCUGGUUCCUUUCCUCCGGGGUCAGAUAAUAUAUGUGCCUUGCAGAAGAAGGAUGCUUUUUCUUUCUUUAUGUGCUGCCUGAUCUCCUAGGAAGAAUGCAAGAUAAAGCAACCUCAUACUUGUAAUAUUUGUUUAGACAUCAUAAUUUAAAGCUUGAUCACUGGAAGACUGAGAAACAAUAACUGGGAAUAAAGUCUGGACACAAAGGACUUUUUCAUGGUUGCUCUUGUUCCAUUCUUUUCUGCUUCAAAGAACACCCCACUUCUAUUAGAGGGCCAACUGACAUCAUAUCCUUUGCAGAAAGAAGGUUCCGCUACAUUAACCAUCAGACAAACCUUCCACCUGCGCCUUCUCAGAAGACGGUCCCCCCUUGUCCCCCAAAAAGGAGGAAAUGGCCAGAAAAUCUUCUAUUUUUUGUCUUCUGGGACUCAUGCUAUGCUGCUGCAAGUCCCAAAGUGACAGUAUCAAAGCCAAGAUGAUCACCUCACCCCAAGCGUUUGGAAGCAGUGUAGAAUUCAAGUGCGAAACCAGCAAGGCAGAUAAUGGGAUGUAUUGGAUGUCUCAGCGAAGAAACAGCACCAUGCAAUUCAUUUUAUAUAUCUCUACAAGGGGCUCCAUCAGGCCAGACCCCAUCGUUGGCUAUAGUGCAAGAAAAGAUGGCAACAACUAUCACUUAACUGUUAAGAGUUUCCAGAAGGACAAUCAGGGCAUAUAUUAUUGUGUCAAUCUCCAGAAUCAGAACCUGAUCUUCAGUCCAGGCCUCCCGGUCUACCUGCCAGAGACAACUACUCAGCCUCCCACCAUCCCACACCAGAUUUCAACUACAACCAAAAGGCAGACAAAGGACAAACCCAUGGAGUGUCCAAAUCUAAGAGACUCUGAUGAGGAUUCAAAGACAAUGUUCUCCUGUGAGAUCUACAUCUGGGUUCCUUUAGUUGGCAGCUGUUUCAUUCUGUCAAUAAGCUUGGUGAUCACCAUAGUGUGCUGUGGUCGCAGAAGAAGGCGGCGAUGCAAAUGUAAAAGGCUUAUGAAUGGAGCCAAAGGAGCCCACCCUUUGCCACACUAGAGUACAGAACAAAUUGGAGCCUUCUAACUCAUUUGCCUCUCAUUGUAUCUCAUUCUCCCACUUUACAAGCAGAGACACUUAGAGGAUUGUAAUUAUUCUGUACUUGCAUAGAAAAUAAGGAAUCCUUAGCCCUCUCCACUCUUUCCCUCAACAUCAAACUGUGGAAAAUGUAUCUCUUCCUGCAUAUUGUAUUUCCUCUGCAAUUUACUCUCCUGCAUAAUUGCACCAGAAACUAACUACAGUCAGUCCACCUAAUUUGUAAUAAUAUAUAAUAAUAAUACUUUCUUUAUAGCCCACUCUAUCUCCCCAAGGGGACUCAGGGUGGCUUCCAGCAACAUCAAACACAGUGGCAAACAUUCAAUGCCAAUAGUAACAUAUAACAAAGACAGACUCAAUAAAAUUAAAGUAACAAGUUAAAAUAAACAACAUAAUACACCUCAAACUUUACACGUAAUAAAUUCUUAAAAGCACUUUAAAUUUUUAACUAAAAUAAUUAUUUGAGCUAAGACGGUAUACUGGUUCCAAAUGAAGGUGGGCGUCCAACAAUUUGGCAGAGGUAUAUAGCAAGAUGGAAUUAAUCCUCCUCCUCUCCAUACGCUAAAGUACAUAAGUGAGUUUUUAAGAGCUUUUUGAAGGAGAGGAGGGAGGAGGCAAUUUUUAAUUAUUUAGGGAGGGAAUCCAGAGGCAAGGAGCAACCACAGAGAAGUCCCCUUCUCUCGUUCCCACCAACUGUGCUUGAGACGGGUGGUGGGACCGAGAGCAGGGCCUCCUCCGCUAAUCGCAGUGGUCAUGGUAGUCUAUAUACGGAGAUGUGGUUUUUCAAAUAGUCUGUGCCUGAACUGUUUAGGUCUCUAUAGGUAAUGACCAGCACAUGGUAUUUAGCCUGGAAGCAGACCAGCAGCCAGUGGAGCUGCCGUAACAGUGGAGUUGUCCACUCCCUGUAUGGCACUCCAGUUAGUAACCAGGCUGUCGAUCUUUGUGCCAGUUGUAGCUUACAAACAAUCUUCAAAAGCAACCCCACAUAGAGAGCAUUUUGCAGUAGUCCAGACAGGAUAUAACUAAGGUGUGGACUAUUAUAGCCAGAUCCAGCAUCUCAAGGUAUGGGUGCAGCUGGUGCACGUCCAACAAAGGCAUUAACCCCCAGUCCACCUUGCAACUGACCAGGAGUACCUCUGUUUUGUCUGGAUUUACCGUAUAUACUCGAGUAUAAGCCAACCCGUAUAUAAGACGAGGCACCUAAUUUUACAAAAAACUGGGAUAACCAUUGACCCAAGUAUAAGCCGAGGGUGGGAAAUGAAGCAGCUACUGGUAAAUUUCAAAAUAAAAAUAGAUACCAAUAAAAUUACAUUAAUCUAGGCAUCAAUCAUUUAUAUAUAUGGAUACAGAUAUACAGGUACAUGGAUCUAUUUGUAUAUAGGAUUUGCAAAGACCUGCAAACACAUAUGAGGGAAAAAUUCAUAUAUACAAUUAAUGUAUAUUGAUAGUUAGAGAUAUAUAAGUACAUAGGGACUGCAAAUGCAUGCAGGGGGUUAAUGCCUAUGUAUCUGUAGGAGAGAUUAACAAAUAUUUCAGGGGGAAAUGCUUUUAUAAGAUUAAUGGGUUUUUUUUUCUUCCUGACUUGCAAGGGCUUUUUUCCCUUUUCAAAACAUUCCCUGGGUAAAGAGCGAGGGAGGCUUUGGAAAACACACUGAUAAGGGGGGUAAGAGGGAAAUAUAUCAUAUAUUGCAAGCAAUGGACUCCAGGUUCUGUUGCCUGGCCUUGACCCCAUUAUAAGCCGAGGGAGGCUAUUUCAGCUCAAAAAAGGGCUGAAAAACUAGGCUUAUAUUCGAGUAUAUAUGGUACUUUCAAUUUAUUAGUCCUCAUCCAGUCCAUUACCAAUGAAAGGCACUGGUUUAGGGGCAGGAGGCAUUCUUGGCAUUUGGUGGAAAGGAGUAAUAGAAUUGGGUGUCGUCCACAUAAAUUUGACACCGAACUCCAAACUCCAGAUGAUCUCUCCCAGCAGUUUCAUGUAAAUGUUAAACAGCAUGGGGAACAAGAUUGAAUCCUGAGGAACCCCACAAGCCACAGGCCAGGGAAUCAAACAGGAGUCCAAAAGCACCACCAUCUCCAAGAAGGACCAGAGCCACUGUAAAACUGUCUCUAAGCCCCAUCCUGGAGAGCUGGCCCAGAAUGAUACCAUGGUUGAUGGUAUCGAAAGCCACUGUGAGGUCCAGGAGGACCAGUAGGGACACUCCCUGUCUAGUUCUCUUCAUAGAUCAUCCAACAAGGCGACCAACACUGUCUCUGUCCUGUAGCCAGGCCUGAAAUCAGAUUGAAAUUGAUCCAGAAAAUUGCUAUCAUCCAAGAACUCUGGAGUUGUAAGCCUGACUCUUGUAAAUUUUAUUAAAAAUGUCCUCUCUAGGAAUCCCUAUAUGUAAUUCUAUAGUCGACUUCCAGCAGAUGUUGACCAUAGACUUGUGCUGGAACACCUAGAAAUUCCUUGAGUUGUGUGAUCUUAGAUUUUUAAAAAUACUAUUUUUAUUUGUGCUUUUCACGUUCAUGGAGCUCCUGUGCCCUUGACACCAGCCAAUGUGGAGCUCUGACUGUAGAACAGUUUCCUCUUUUUCUUUUCUUUUUUAAUGUAAGAUUGUUGAUUAAAGAAAGCUGUACAUUAGUUGACAUUAUAUAGCAAAGAACGAGUGCACUGCCAUUUGCUAUCCUUUUACAUAUUUGUAUUUGCAUUUUAGAGUUUCCCUCGCCUUUAACUUCUAGCAGUCUUUGCUUUGAAGGGGUGUUUGUAUGUAUACACUAAUAAAAUGUUGAAGCUGUACCCCCAAAUUCUUUAGGAACCACAUAUGGAGAGUGAUGGACUAUAAAAAGAUAUCGGAAAACAGGAACUCUUCCUGGUCAGUUAUUCAGAUCAACACAUUAAAACAUGUGUUGUUUCUUUUUCUUAUUUUAUCUAUCAAGGAUUACUAUAUCAUCUACAUUACAAAGCCAUGCGUGCUUUUAAUAUUUAGAAAGUUUUCAGCAUUCUAGUACUAUAAAUCCUGAGAAUUCUAUUUAAGAUAGAUUUUUUUUUCUUAUAGAACACAUUUUACAUGAGAAAUGCUCCAUAUGAAAAUUGAAUUAUGCACAGCUGUAUUUACACAAAGGCCAUCUGAAUUUUAUCCUUUUGGCAGUUUAGCAACAUAAAUCUUCAAGUUUUUAUUCUUGCAGGAAGUAAUGAAAAGUUACAAUAUUUUUCCCCUUACUACAGCAGAACAAAAUUCCUUUUCAGUCUUCUCCCUGUUUGAAUGUCCUCGGGUGUUGCAAAGGAACUAUGUGAGUUUUUGUACAAAACAGUGGGUUUCUUUGGGGGGGGGGGUUUGCAUAAAAAUAGUUUCUAUACAGAAAACAGAUUUUUGCAUAAAUAAAUAAUGUUUUUCUAUACAAAAUAAUUCGUCCAUAGAGAUUUUGAAUGUUCACAUAUGGGGAGAAGAUUUAUUAUUCUCCCAAGUUUAUUAUUCUUCCUGAUGGGCUUUCCUGUCAAGAACCCUGUUUUUUUUUUUUUUUAAACUUGGAACAAACAUUAAUAAAAAUUACUUCCAUGCUUAACUGAGAUUACAUGAAGGUUUUAAUGAU